AUGGGCAGGGGUUACAUAACGGAUUGGAUACAGCGGUUCACCCCCAUCGUUAUCGACCCAGAACCAUCGACAGAAGCCAAAGAACUCUUGCCAAAGCCGACUUUCCAUCAUUUCUCCCGCCUGCCUGCCGAGAUUCGUGUCAAUAUUUGGGCUAUCGCACUUCAAGAUCAAUAUAAGGAGCGUCCUCGCAAGGACUCUCUCGUCUGGAUAUUCGAUCGCAUAGAGAACAAUGUCACCCUGUUCAGGAGCCAAGAUGGUUUCUACGUCAAUACAAGCCGAGGCUACCCUACACACUUUUUCGUCAACCGCGAAGCCCGCUCCGAAGCCGCUCGUUGCGAUGGAGGUGCAUGGCUGCCCUUGGAUGAUGGCGCUGUCAAGGUCUACAUCAAUUUCGACAAGGAAGAUGUCCGCCUUCAUGACAGCCGCGCUGGGGCUCUAAAUGAUUCGCUCUGGUCCACAGGCGCGUGGGGUAUCCUCGCAAAAGAAGCGUGGUGCCCUGAAGUUCUUGCGGAAACGAGUGAGUACGGUGAAACUGUCCUCAUAUCGCAUUGGGUUGGGCACAAGAAGGCCGGUGAAACGACUUGA